AGGCAGUCAGGUUCAGUCCAAGGAAGAGAAGGUCAGGUCUAAUACUAUGGAUCAUGUGCCCCUCAUUGACCUCCAGGAACCUCUCUUGAAAGAAUAUCAGUGUUCAGAAUGUCUGAAAUGUUUUACAAAUAAAAGUGAUCUUGAAAGACACAUGAGAGUGCAUACAGGAGUUAAGCCUUAUCAGUGUUUAGAGUGUCUGAAAUGUUUAGCCAAAAAAGUAAUCUUGUAGAACACAAGAAAAUUCAUACAGGAGAAAAGCCUUAUCAGUGUUUAGAUUGUCUGAAAUGUUUCAGUAAAGAAAGUUAUCUUGUAAAGCACAAGAAAAUUCAUACAGGAGAAAAGCCUUUUCAGUGUUCAGAGUGUCUGAAAUGUUUUAGUCAAAAAAGUUAUCUUGUUAUUCAUGAGAACAUUCAUACAGGAGAGAAACCUUAUCAGUGUUUGGAGUGUCUAAAACACUUUAGCCAAAAAAGUAAUCUUGUAGAACAUGAGAAAAUCCAUAAAGGAGAGAAGCCUUAUCAAUGUUCAGAAUGUUUAAAAUGUUUCAGCAAUAAAAGUUAUCUUGUAAAGCAUGAAGAAAAUCAUAUAGGCAAUAAACCUUAUCAGUGUUCAGAAUGUGUAAAAUGUUUUGUCUCUAAAAGUUGUCUUGAAGGACACUUGAGAAUUCAUACAGGAGAUAAACCAUUUCAGUGUUCAGAGUGUCUGAAAGGUUUUAGCAAGAAAAGUGGUCUUAUAAGACAUGUGAAAAUUCAUACAGGAGAGAAACCUUAUCAAUGUUCAGAGUGUACAAAAUGUUUUAUCACUAAAAGUUAUCUUGAAGGACAUACAAGAAUUCAUACAGGACAGAAACCCUAUAAGUGUUCAGAGUGUCUGAAAUGUUUCUGCACUAAGAGUGAACUUGUUAAGCAUAAGAAAAUUCAUACAGGAGAGAAACCCUAUAGUGUUCAGAGUGUCUGAAGAAUUUUGGCAAUAAAAGUGAUCUUGUUAAGCACAAGAAAAUUC